AUACUCUUGGUUACAAAGGAUAGGCGGGGAUCCAGUGAUAUGGCAGGAAAAGACGAACAAUGCUACUUUUUAUAUUCAAAAUGUCACCUAUAAUUAUCAAGGAACUUACCUCUGCCAAGCAUCCAAUGUCAUCAAUGGCGUCCUGAACACUUUGAAAUCAGAAGAAAUAUUCCUCGACGUUACAGGUCCUCCCCAAAUUCUAUCUGAAUCAUUUUCUGUUUCAUCUCACAUGGUGGUGGAUAAAGACGAGAACGCUGUGAUAAUUGUUUUCUUUUGUGCUGAUCCUCGCCCGAGGAAAACCUACUGGCAGUGGGACAAUUUUAGGCUUGACACUAAUUCUCAGACAGGCAGACAUACUGCUGACGAAAUUCAGCCAAUCCAGACAAAAGAAGAUUGUUACGAAGCUCGACUAACUGUCCUAGAUGUAGAAGGUGGCGAUUCCAGAACGUACGCACUUGUGAUCGAAAAUGAAAAGGGUGUAGAAUCGUUUGAAGUGACUUUGGAAGUCAGAGAGCCUUUUGUUUUGACGAUGAUGAUCGCCGGCGCCAUUGUAAUUGUUCUAGUAUUGAUAUGUCUCAUCGCCCUACUCGUUUGUUUGUUCAAGAAAGAAAAAUGUUGCUUCAACCAUGGCAGUGGAUUUAAGCCAGCUUCCGAAAGCAUAGUGGAGAACGGUUGUCCGGACAACGACAGGGCCGACCUGACGACCGCCAAAACUGUUCCAUUUUGCACAAAUGCAACAAGUAAAGCUAAAAUCGCAACCAUAGGAGAAGAUCGUUUUUAUAAAGAAGGAAAAAAGGCAGACAGAAAUGACAAUAGGGAUGGUAUAAGUUUCGGAAGUUUGGAUUCUAGUGUACUGGAACCAGAUCUUCGGAACCAGACAAACGUCACAGCUGCUGCGACAACUAACAACAGCCGGAUAAAAGUGCACCCGCAGGCCACCAGCACCCAUGAUAACACCAGUACCAGCACCCAUUACUCCGAGUACAGACAGUACCACCAGACACCAGCUGUGGAACAGGCAUAUAUAUAAAAAGCGCCAAAAUGUGGUCCGCAACAGGAUACUUCAUAUACAUAAAAAUCUUACGUUUUGCAGUAGCAAUUAUGUUUUGCUUUUUGCUGGUGGAAAAAAGUGAAAAUAAAAAAGAAUCAGUUUUCGUGACAUCCGGCAAGUGCUAACAACGUCCCGGAUGUGGCAUCCUUUCCUUUAUAUUGCAAUUUCCGGAUGUCUUCGUCCCACCCUUGUGUGUGUGUGUAUAUAUAUGUCUUGUAACAAUAAACUCAGAUACCGUUGACUUGCCUGAAAAGCGGGAUCUUGCACAGUGUUAUGUUGCGACCAAACAUAAAGGACUGUCUUUGUUGGACAUAGUAUCCUCUGCCAAGCAAAUAUCUGUGAAUGGAGAGAGAAUUCAACAUGUGAGUCACGUUUCAAACACAUAACUUUAUGACACAGGAGUAUUGAUUCAUUUCAUUAUGGAAAAGGUAUUAGUUGAAUAUGCUACUGACUGGUGUGAAUCUGAUAUUUUAGAUUGAUUUUCCAUACAGAAGCAACUUUAUCUCAUACAAACCUGUCGUGAACAUGGUUCACGUGUCGUGAAUAGGAAAGGCAACAAAUAGCUGGUGGAAAAGAUUGAUUAAUGGAGAAUAUAUUUAAAUGGAUGUAUGCGCACUGCUGAAUAAACUGCCAAUUAGAUUUACUGUUAGCACACUGGAAAUAUUGUUCGGAGAUUCAGAAAUGGAUGGCAUAGUGAUUAUGCAUAUAUUGUAGCACAAGCGCAAUGCGCUAUGAUAUAUUUAUGAGUCAUUGUUUGAUUCGUAAUCAUAAAUUUUAUUUAAACGGUCAAUGUAAAACAAUAAACUAGAAUUGGUUGCUAAAUUUGCAUUAUUUUUCUGCAAAUUCAAAUAAAAUAUAAAUGUUAUGAGAAAUUA